CAGCCGUUUCAACAGCAACUCUAGAGCCACAGCUACUGUAUUUUCUUUUCUUAUCUUCCUCAUUACCCCCAAGUUGACCAGCCACCGCUCACAUGGACAACGGACCCGCGAAGCAGACCGUUGUUCUGUACCCCGGCGGCGGCGUCGGGCACGUCGGACCCAUGACGGAGCUCGCCAAGGUCUUCCUCGACCACGGCCACGAUGUCACCAUGGUGCUCAUCGAGCCGCCGAUCAAGUCGACCGACUCCGGCGCCGGCUUCAUCGAGCGCGUCGCCGCCUCCAACCCGUCCAUCACCUUCCACGUGCUCCCGUCGAUCCCACCCCCUGACUUCGCUAGCUCCCCCAAGCACCCUUUCCUCCUCAUGCUGGAGCUGAUGCGCCUGUACAACGAGAAGCUCGAGAGCUUCCUCCGCUCCAUCCCCCGGGAGCGCUUGCACUCCCUUGUCAUCGACAUGUUCUGCACCCAAGCCAUCGACGUGGCCACCAAGCUGGGCGUCCCCGUCUACACGUUCUUCGCAUCGGGCGCCGGGGUUCUCGCCGUCCUAACCCAGUUGCCGGCGCUGCUUGCCGGCAGGCAAUCGGGCUUGAAGGAGCUUGGAGAUACGCCCCUCGAGUUCCUUGGCGUUCCGCCGAUGCCGGCGUCCCAUCUGAUCAGGGAACUGCUCGAGGACCCGGAGGACGAGCUUUGCAAGACCAUGGUGAACAUCUGGAAGCGCAACACGGACACCCAGGGCGUUCUGGUCAACACGUUCUACUCGUUGGAGAGCCGAGCCCUGCAGGCGUUCAGGGAUCCCCUGUGCGUCCCCGGCGAGGUGCUGCCUCCGGUCUACUCCGUCGGGCCGUUGGUUGGCAAGGGCGGGGCGGACAAGGAGGAGGCCGAGAGGCACGAGUGCGUCGCAUGGCUUGACGCACAGCCGGAGCGCAGCGUCGUGUUCCUCUGCUGGGGGAGCAAAGGCUCGCUGUCGGAGGAACAGAUCAAGGAGAUCGCUGCUGGCCUGGAGAAGUCCGGGCAACGUUUCCUGUGGGUCGUGCGCACGCCGGCCGGCACCGACGACCCCAAAAGAUACCUGGAGAAACGCCCCGAGCCAGACCUCGACGCGCUCCUGCCAGAGGGGUUCUUGGAGCGGACCAAGGGCCGUGGCUUCGUCGUCAAGUCGUGGGCACCGCAGGUGGACGUCCUCAUGCACCCAGCUACCGGCGCUUUCGUGACCCACUGCGGGUGGAACUCGACGCUGGAGGCCAUCGUAGCGGGCGUGCCUAUGCUGUGCUGGCCGCUGGGCGCGGAGCAGAAGAUGAACAAGGUGCUCAUGGUCGACGAGAGCAUGAGCAUCGGGGUGGAGCUGGAGGGGUACAAUACAGGCUUCGUCAAGGCAGAGGAGAUUGAGGCGAAGGUGAAGCUGGUGUUGGAGUCUGGGGAGGGGAGGGAGCUUAGGGAACGAGCGGCGGAGCUGAAGAAAGAAGCGGAGGCGGCGAUGGAGGACGGUGGCUCGUCGCGGAUGGCGUUUCUCCAGUUCUUGUCGGAUGUUAAGAACCUUAGGGGGUAAUUAAGCUUGACGAAUUUGCAACCACUCCUUGGGUGUUUAUGCUUGUUUCCUUGUACUGUCCACCUUUUGUCAAUCCUCCUGUUGUCUAGUCAACCAUUUUGUUUCGCUUCACAAAAAGUCAAAAACGAAAAUGUUGCCAGUAUGCCUACUAUUGAGGAUAUCCUGAAAAUCGAUGGCUGCACAGUGCCAUUGGAUAAACAGAA